AAACAACUAACAGUUGCUAAAAAGAGUUUUUAAAAAUAAUACUUCCCAUACUUUCCAAUGCCUAAGAAUAGCAAGGUGGUAAAAAGAGAAUUAGACGAUGAGGUUAUUGAGUCUGUCAAAGACCUUCUUUCCAAUGAAGACUCAGCUGAUGAUGCUUUUAAAAAGAGUGAACUAAUUGUUAAUGUCCAAGAAGAGAAAGAUACAGAUAUUGAAGAAGGAUCUGAAAUCGAAGAUGAAAGACCAGCUUGGAACAGUAAACUACAAUACAUCCUGGCCCAAGUUGGAUUUUCUGUAGGUUUAGGGAAUGUGUGGCGAUUCCCAUACCUAUGCCAGAAGAAUGGGGGUGGUGCAUAUCUUUUACCAUAUUUAAUACUACUUCUGGUAAUAGGUAUUCCCCUUUUUUUCCUGGAACUUUCUGUGGGUCAAAGAAUUCGGCGAGGCAGCAUUGGUGUAUGGAAUUACAUAAGCCCUAAACUGGGCGGAAUUGGAUUUGCAAGUUGUGUAGUGUGUUUUUUUGUGGCUCUCUACUACAACGUCAUCAUUGGCUGGAGCUUGUUUUAUUUUUCUCAGUCUUUUCAGCAACCUCUACCUUGGGAUCAGUGUCCUUUGGUGAAAAAUGCUUCACAUACUUUUGUAGAGCCAGAAUGUGAAAAAAGUUCUGCCACCACCUAUUACUGGUAUAGAGAUGCACUGAAUAUUUCCAGUUCCAUUUCUGAAAGUGGAGGCUUAAACUGGAAGAUGACCGUCUGCUUGCUGGCUGCCUGGGUCAUGGUUUGCUUGGCUAUGAUCAAAGGCAUUCAGUCUUCUGGAAAAAUCAUGUAUUUUAGUUCUCUGUUCCCAUAUGUGGUACUUAUAUGCUUCCUAAUCAGAGUACUCCUUUUAAAUGGUUCAAUUGAUGGCAUCCGCCACAUGUUUACCCCUAAGCUUGAAAUAAUGCUGGAGCCCAAGGUUUGGAGAGAAGCUGCUACUCAGGUGUUCUUUGCCUUAGGUCUGGGAUUUGGUGGCGUCAUUGCCUUUUCAAGCUACAACAAAAGAGACAACAACUGCCACUUUGAUGCUGUCUUGGUGUCCUUCAUCAAUUUUUUCACUUCUGUCCUGGCAACAUUGGUGGUGUUUGCAGUUCUGGGAUUCAAAGCAAAUGUCAUAAAUGAAAAAUGCAUUGCACAAAAUUCAGAAAUGAUCAUAAAAUUUUUAAAAAUGGGGAACAUUAGUCAGGAAAUUAUUCCCCAUCAUAUCAACCUUUCAGCUGUUACUGAAGAAGAUUAUCAUUUAGUUUAUGACAUCAUCCAAAAAGUAAAAGAAGAAGAGUUUCCUGUUCUUCAUCUCAAUUCCUGUCAAAUUGAAGAUGAGCUAAAUAAAGCUGUUCAGGGGACUGGUUUAGCUUUUAUUGCCUUUACAGAAGCGAUGACACAUUUCCCUGCAUCUCCCUUCUGGUCAGUGAUGUUUUUCCUCAUGCUGGUAAAUCUAGGCCUUGGCAGCAUGUUUGGAACCAUUGAAGGGAUCAUCACACCUGUGGUGGACACUUUCAAAGUGAGGAAAGAAAUUCUUACUGUUAUUUGUUGUCUUCUGGCAUUUAGUAUUGGCCUGAUAUUUGUGCAGCGUUCUGGAAAUUACUUUGUUACAAUGUUUGACGAUUAUUCUGCUACACUGCCUCUGCUAAUUGUAGUCAUUUUGGAGAAUAUUGCUGUAUGUUUUGUUUAUGGCAUAGAUAAGUUUAUGGAAGACCUAAGAGAUAUGCUAGGCUUUGCUCCCAGCAGAUAUUACUACUAUAUGUGGAAAUACAUUUCUCCUUUAAUGCUAUUAUCAUUGCUAAUAGCAAGCGUGGUGAAUAUGGGAUUAAGUCCUCCUGGCUAUAAUGCAUGGAUUGAAGAUAAGGCAUCUGAAGAAUUUCUGAGCUAUCCAACAUGGGGAAUGGUUGUCUGUAUCGCUCUGAUAGUCCUCGCAAUACUCCCUGUCCCAGUAGUCUUCAUUGUUCGUCGCUGCAACCUCAUAGAUGAUAGUUCUGGUAAUUUAGCAUCUGUGACCUAUAAGAGAGGAAGGGUCCUGAAAGAGCCUGUAAACUUAGAGGGAGAUGAUGCAAGCCUCAUUCAUGGAAAGAUACCGAGUGAGAUGUCAUCUCCAAAUUUUGGUAAAAAUAUUUACCGAAAACAGAGUGGAUCACCAACUCUGGAUACUGCUCCCAAUGGACGGUACGGAAUAGGGUACUUGAUGGCAGAUAUGCCAGAUAUGCCAGAAUCCGAUUUGUAGCUGGGGAGAAACCCAGCGUGUUUUGUUUGGUUCAUUUUCAUCAAUGAACAUUGGCUCUAUUAAGAGAAGCAUUAGGCUUCACUUAUCAGAGGGCGAUCUCAGGUGUUCCAUGGCUGUGAUCUUUACUCCUAACAGUAUAUGUCAAUUCAACUACAGCAUUCCUUUGGAUUCUUUGGUUUACAUUUCUGCAGAAAAGGUUACAGACAAAGCUUACAAUGACUGAGGUUCAUGUUUGUCAGGAUUUUUAAAAGUACUUUUGGUGUAUUUUCAAGCAUUUCUAUUUCUAAAACAGGUAUUACCUCAGUUUCUAAUAAUUUCUGGGUUUAACAGUAUUGGCAAUUCAAAAAUGGUAUACCUUAACAUUUAUAAGUUUGCCUUCAGGGUAACUUCCAGUAUUACAAUGAGCAGAUCUGUAAUUUGGUGCCUCAGCACAUUUUCAUGAAUAUAUUGUGUAGAUAGGCUGUAAUUAUUUCGGAAGCAUUGAUACCUUCUUAGGCAAUUAGCUGAAAAAACACUGCAAAAUAUUUUCCUAUGUAAUAGCUGUACAGAGCAAUAGUAUCAAAGAAUAAGAAGGCACUAAUGCUGGGAUGAAAGGUAAAAUUCACAGGUGACUGAGAAUCAUGUGAGUGAUGGCUGUAUAUUUUGUGUAAAAUAAUGUGUGAAAAUGAUCUAUGAGUGAGUCACUCAGCACUCUCAAGAAUUAUGCAGAUUCUGCAUUUUUCUUAUGCCGUGUGCCUAAAAACCUACUUGAUAUUUAUUGUGGCUUCAAGAUUACUCAUAGUAUAUUUAUACAAUAUACUUGUAAUGUAUAUAGAUGUAUAUUAGUACUUUUAAGUACUGAUUUGAAAACUUGAAGCAAGAUGGCAUUUUAUUUCAUAUACUUCUGUUUUGCUUCUGUUUUAUGCAAAUAUAAAUCCUUUUUUAAGUGAUUGUUAAAAUUGUAUGGCAUUACAUUUUAAUCUACAAAUAAACAAAAUUUAAAAAUGA